GGUGUCUCAUGUGUGAAGAUAUUGGUCCUAAAGCAGCACUGUUCAGAGAUGGAGCUUUGGGGGAGGUGAGGGGAUCACAAGGGCUCUGACCUCCUCAGUGGGCUAUCUAUUGAUAACUGAGGGAACUACUUGUAGCUGACGCCAACUAUGGGUAGUGGGCCAUGGUGGGAGGAAGUAGGUCUCUGGUGGUGUAACCUGGAAAGAUAUUUCUUUCCCCCAAUCGCUUCCUCUUUCUUUUUCACUCUCUGCUUUCUGGUUUCUAUGAUCUGACCAGCUUUCUUCCUCCCCUCCCUUCACCAUGAUGUUCUGCCUCACUCAGUCCCCAACAAUGGAACCUGUCAACCAUCAACAGAAACUUCUGAAUCCAUGAUCUAAAGUGAAUUUUCCACCUGAAUCAUGGAUCAUGUCAAUCACAACUGGACCCAAACUUUCAUCCUUGACGGUUUUACUACCACUGCGACACUACGACCUCUUGCUUUCUUGGGGACCCUAUGCAUUUACCUCCUCACCCUUGCAGGGAACUUGUUCAUCAUUGUCCUGGUUCUCACUGAUUCUGGACUGUCCACACCCAUGUACUUCUUCAUCAGUGUCCUCUCUUUCCUGGAACUCUGGUAUGUCAGCACCACGGUGCCCACACUGCUGCACACCUGGCUCCACGGGCGCUCACCCAUCCCGUCGGUCGCCUGCUUCCUCCAGCUGUAUGUCUUCCAUUCCUUGGGCAUGACUGAGUGUUACCUGUUGGGAGUCAUGGCGCUGGACCGCUACCUAGCCAUCUGCCGCCCACUGCACUACCAGGCACUCAUGAGCAGACAGGUACAGCUGUGGCUAGCAGGGGCCACCUGGGUGGCUGGCUUCUCAGCUGCGCUUGUGCCAGCCAGCCUCACUGGCACUCUGCCCUACUGCCUGAAGGAGGUAGCCCAUUACUUUUGUGACCUGGCACCGCUAAUGCGGUUGGCAUGUGUGGACACAAGCUGGCACGCUCGGGUCCAUGGGGCAGUGAUUGGUGUGGCCACUGGAUGCAACUUUAUGCUCAUUAUAGGACUCUAUGGGGACAUCCUGAGGGCUGUGCUGAGGCUGCCCUCCGCUGCCAGUCGUGCCAAGGCCUUCUCCACCUGCUCCUCCCACAUGACUGUAGUGGCACUGUUCUAUGCCUCGGCCUUCACAGUGUAUGUGGGCUCCUCGGGGAGCCGUCUCGAGGGAACCGACAAGCUCAUUGCUUUAGUUUACACCCUCCUUACUCCUUUCCUCAACCCCAUCAUCUACACACUGCGCAACAAAGAGGUGAAGGAGGCGGUGAGGAGGGUCACUGACAGGCUCAAGACUGUUUUGAGGGGACCCUGAUGAUCUCACCCGGCAUAAUCCAGAUUCCGGGUAACUGGGCGAAUCAGCUGUUUGGUUAAUCAAUCAUCUGGUCUGAGUCAGUAAACGAUAACAUAAUCAAUCUGAUUAUUAGGUCAAAAAAAUACUGCAAACUCCAAACUGAUCUAAGGUGGCCCAUGUAGGUAGAGAGGAGAUAAGGUCUCUGAUUUCUUCCCAAUUGAAUAGGGGAAGAAAUGCCACAGGGAGGAAAAAAACAUGGGGUCCUGGAGCAAAUGUUGAAAGCUGAGUGAUUGACUUAGAGGGUUGUGGAAUUCUGAAAGAAAGAAGACCAACUGAAGCAGGGAGUCGCCAGUUUAGUCGAGACAAGAGUUCUAGAGGAGGAUGAAAAGGGUCGAAGCCAAUUUGGCCAAAAGGAGACUAAAAUUACAACUUGUAUGAAGGUUUAGAUGUGCAGCAGUGAGCCAGGGGCAGAAGCCAUUUAGCUGGUGGAGCCCAGUGAUCCUGAGAUGUCGAGUGACCAGGGUCCACUUCCUAGGGGACAGAAUUAUCUGGACAGAUGGCUGGGAGCUAGAGAUGAUAACUACUGUGUUGUGGGACAAGGGUAAGGAACUGAAGAAUGUUGUCAGGGUUCUCUUUCACAAUCAGGGAGUUCACAUUAAAACAGGACUUGGAGCCAUAUUUUAAGAUCAGCAGUGAACCAACAAAAAGCUUUAUGAGUCUUACCUGUGAAUAAAAAGCAGAGAUAAGGACCCAAUUCUCAGAUCACACACUACUUUUUUAUUUCCCCAGUUUCUCCAGCUUUCCUCUACUGAGCAGAGUUUUGGAAUCACCGAUUAAAUUCAACCUUCAUACUUUAAUAAUGUGUGAAUUUAAAUCACCAAAUACCUGCCAAAGGAUGCUCAGAUAAUCAAUGAGAAAGGCAGAACAGAACAGAACUGGGUGCCGUCGGGAUCUUGAACACUGUUGUUCAUUUUUCUCAUUCUUAUUUAUCUCACUGCUUAAAAAAAUCAAUUCUUUUUUUUUUUUUAAAUGCCUGCCCUAAGUCAGAAACAGUAACUGUUGCUUCAAAUACAUUUUAAUUUAAUCUUCAUAAUAUUCCUCUGAAGAAAGAAGAAUGAUUCCAAUAUUUACCUAAUGAAAAUAGAACUAUUACUGGAAUU